CUCAUGUGACAUUCAUCACUUGAUCAGCAUUGUUUCAUAUUAAUUUAAUUUCAUUAUCAAAAAGUGAUGAUUUUAGCUGCAACAUUCUUGGACAUUAUUCCAUUCUUUAUGGUUUUAGUCCUCUUCGUAGGGACUUGUUUGGUUUCUCCUUUACAUGAUGGACCCAUGUAUGAUUCCACUGCUUACACUGAGUGCAAAGAGGAACCUGAGAAGCCACUUUACAAUGGUGGAGUUUUUGAGAGUCAGCCACAAUCUGGGGGAGUUCAACAUGCCAUUGCCUUGUAUGCAGUUAAUGGUCCUUCAUUCAUUCUCCAUAGCCUUACACAAGACACUAUCUACUCUUUCUCCAUUUGGGUGAGGAUUGAAGGUUCAAGUUCAGGUCUAAUAAGGGCAAGCUUGCAAACAGAAAAUGAAACCUAUGAUUGCAUAGGAACAGUUUUGGCCAAGAGUGGAUGCUGGUCAUUUCUUAAAGGUGGAUUUCUUCUUAAUUGGCCUUCUACUUCAUCUAUGCUCUUCUUUCAGAACACUGAUGGUAAAGAUAUAAAUAUAGAGUUAGCUAGCCCAUCACUGCAGCCAUUUACUAAGCAGCAAUGGAGAUUCAAUCAAGAGUACCUAAUCAACACUCAUCGAAAGCAAGCCGUAACGAUUCAUGUGUCAGAUAGCAAUGGGAAGAGAAUGCAAGGAGCCACCAUCAAUAUAGAGCAGAUCUCAAAGGACUUCCCUUUUGGAUCGUCAAUAGCCAAGACCAUUCUUGGCAACAUGCCCUAUCAGAAUUGGUUUGUGAAAAGAUUCAAUGCUGCAGUAUUUGAAAAUGAGCUAAAAUGGUAUGCCACAGAACCUGAUCAAGGCAAGGUCAAUUACACAAUUUCAGAUCAAAUGCUACAAUUUGUUAGAACAAACAAAAUCAUAGCUAGAGGUCACAAUAUCUUCUGGGAAGAUCCUAAGUACACGCCUGCAUGGGCGCGAAACCUUACCGGAAUUCAAUUACAAGCUGCUGUUGAUUCAAGAAUUCAGAGUCUUAUGAACCAAUACAGAGAAGAAUUCAUACAUUGGGAUGUCAGCAAUGAAAUGCUUCACUUUGAUUUCUAUGAGAAAAGGCUUGGACCUGAUGCCACAUUGCAUUUCUUUGAAACUGCACAUAAAUCUGAUCCAUUAGCUACCCUUUUCAUGAAUGACUUCAAUGUGGUGGAAACCUGCAGUGAUGUGAAUUCAACUGUUGACACAUAUAUCUCAAGGCUCAGAGAAUUGCAACAAAAUGGUGUGUUCAUGGAUGGAAUUGGCCUAGAAAGUCACUUCACAGUUCCAAAUCUUCCCCUUAUGAGAGCCAUCAUAGACAAGUUGGCAACACUCAACCUUCCCAUUUGGCUAACUGAGGUUGAUAUUAGCAAGACACUUGAUAAAGAUACUCAGGCUAUUUAUUUGGAACAAGUGUUGAGGGAAGGCUUCUCUCAUCCUUCAGUGAAUGGGAUAAUGCUAUGGACUGCACUCCAUCCACAAGGAUGCUACCAAAUGUGCCUCACAGACAAUGAUUUCAGAAACCUUCCAUCAGGUGAUGUUGUGGACAAGCUUCUUCAAGAAUGGCAAACUGGUCAUGCAGAAGGAGUGACAGAUGAACAUGGUUCUUACAGCAUUUUUGGAUUCUUAGGAGAAUAUAGAGUCACUGCCACAUAUGGCAACAAAACUGCAGAUACAACUUUUUCUCUCUGUGGAGGUAGAGAAACUAAACAUGUUACUAUCAGUAUUAGACUUUGAUUUUUCAGUUUAAAAUUAUGUAGCAGGUUAAUCUAACAGGAUAUAAUUGUUUUCCUGAUCAUGAUACUGUUACCUUCAUAGAUCAUAGACGC